CCCAGCAGACAAACACACACACCCUUAAAUCACUCUGAAAUAGUUCGAAUAAAUCCCGAGUCAGCAUGUGGAACUACGGAGAGUGCCGGGCUCCGGGACUGCAGCAGGAGGAGAGCGAGAUUCUGACCAGCGGACCCGAGCCCGCGUGCACUGGCGGCGAGGAGGAGGAACAGCUUGACCUGGACGCCCUCUACGACGAGCUGGAGGCCCUGAAACAGCGUCUAUUGUUGCUGCGCAGCAAGCUGGUGACCAGCCCCAAGGACCAGUGCCAGGCGCAGGCAGCGAUGGAGGACACGGACGAGUCGUUUUUUACAGCACAGAGCCGUCAGCUGGUAGCCCUGCGGCGCCAGAACUGUGUGCUAAGGUGUCAGCUCCAGUCGAUGGCCGGACACCUCAACAGUAGCCGCAAGGAGCUGAAGGAGAUGGAUGGGUGGCGCUGCUUGGUCGCCACCCGCAUCCAGCGGAUGCGCCGGGAGCUGGACACCUUCGAGGAGUUCAAGGUGCAGGCCAUCCACCACUUCGGGUUGUGCAUCGAGCGCUGGGAGCAGCACAAGGCCUGCAAGGUGGACAGCAAUGUGUACCAGCGGCGGAUGCGGGAGCUCAUCCAGCACAUCGACGGCAGGCGGGUGCAGAUGGUCCCGAUGCACUGCCACCACCAAACUUUCCAGCAGGUGCGGAUGGAGAUAAUACAGACCCGCCUCUUCCUGUACAAUCUUUUCGACAGCAUGCUCUGCUACUUCCAUUUCUUCAACCGCCAGUUCAGCCUCAGGACCAGCACAUGGACUACCAUCCAAAAGUCAAUUACCUCCGUCGCCCCGUCCUCCCCACCCAACUCACUCCGCUCUGAGUUUCGCGAUUCGAGUGAGCUUUGAGUGCUCCUGGAGUGCUCUCCCUCUCGCUCAACUCUCAACUUUUGGCAAUUAAUGUUGAUUUUUAUUCUCCGACUUUAUUGAGGGACUUUCCGCCGUGCUGGCGGAGGGCUGCAGGGGUAGGGUCUGUUUGUAAUUGCUUUGGAACUGUCGCCCAAUUAGGGUUAUUGACGUUUGCGGCCUUAAUGGCCCUUUUGAGGCCCAUUCCCGUGUCUGUUUUCCCAUAAUACUCGUACAAUAAUUACAAAAUUUCAACUCUG